UCGCUUAUCCAAUUAACAUCGGUAACCAUGGCGGCCAUGCUUAUGUUUGGAGAAAAAUGGUUAGAAUAUGGCCAAUACCUAUAGGGUUGUCUGACUGUCACCAUGUCCGACAGCAAUCACAAACAAAGUGGUGAAAGGCUUGCCAAUAAAUCGGCUCAAGGGGAACCUGAACUUCCUUGGCCUAAUUUUGAGUCGAGAAUUUUUAAUGCCAAAGUGAACAGUGUGGAACUUGAUUGGCCGUUAUUAAUAGAUGCAUCGGUCUACAGCGUAGAGAAGUUUCACAAACGCCUUGGCUGGCUUCAGGUUGAGUGGAGUACCCGCUCUCCCGUAGAGGUUACUAAUAUGGAAGAAAACUUCGGAUAUCGACUGCGCAUUAAAGCCUUGAAAGUUUCGGAAGACGGAAGCCGCUAUGUGGCCUUGGCCAUCUCGCCAGAUAUAAUUGCGUGCACGGCGGCAGCACUGCCAUCAACCAAUUGCUUAAACCGAGCCAUCAGAAAAGGCCAGCAAUUUCUGGUUAAACGUAUGCUACGGCGACGUCCGAGCCUAAUAGAAUACCCCGCUCCGAACGGAUUGCUGCCCCUUGCCAAUGCAAUUAUUCAGGGAGAGAUGUGCAUUAUUGACGUGCUGCUAUCGGCCGGCUGCAGCGUUCAUCUAGGAUAUCCAGGAACUGGCCGAACACCGCUUCAUCUGGCUUUCUAUCACGGUCACUUGCCAUCCGCGCGCAUUUUGCUGAACAAGAAGGCGCACCUGGAGGCGAGGGACAGCAAUGGCAUGACCCCUGCUCACUGCGCCGUCGAUGCCAAUCAGUUGGAAAUGCUUGAAUUUGCCCUCGAGGCGGGGGCGAACGCGGAGGCCAGGGACAUCUGUGGCUGGACCCUUCUUAUGCGAGCAGUGGUCAUGGACGCUAGCAUGGAGCUCAUCAAAGUUCUUGUUACACACGGCGCAGACCUGGCGGCUUUGGAUGCCGUGGGCAAAUCCUGCACCGACUUGGCAAAACUUUAUCGCAGGCAGGAGGUAAAGGAUUACUUUGACAAGGUGCAAAAGUUUAGGCUGGAAAAGUCUGCCGCGACCGCAGACGCGAUGACAAGGGCGGCAAUGCAGUAA